UUCAAUGCGGAGACCCAGCACUCAGACAGCAGCGUUCAGGUCUUCAUCGCUAGAGUUCUUCACUUUUGUAAGUUAUUUACUCUCGAAACCUGCUUACAGGACUGAUGAGACACACUAAACAAGUUUAAAGUUGGUGAAUCGGACGAAAGUUGCUGCCUUAAACUCGGGAAGAUGAGUUUUUGCAAGACCUGGUGUGUUACACUCCUGCUGCCUCUGCUGAUAUCAGGCCAGUAUCAAGGGGACAACGGGAUAGUUGUCCCGGAGCAUGGAUUUUGUCAGCCAAUUUCAAUCCCUCUGUGCACGGACAUAGCCUACAACCAAACCAUCAUGCCAAACUUAGUGGGCCAUUACAACCAGGAGGACGCAGGGCUCGAGGUGCACCAGUUCUAUCCACUUGUAAAGGUACAGUGCUCUCCGGAGCUGAAAUUUUUCCUGUGCUCCAUGUAUGCGCCUGUGUGCACAGUGUUGGAGAAGGCCAUUCCUCCCUGCAGGUCAAUCUGUGAGAGAGCCAAGCAGGGCUGCGAGGCACUCAUGAACAAGUUCGGCUUUCAGUGGCCGGACCGCCUGCGCUGCGAGAACUUCCCUGUGCUGGGAGACGGACAGAUCUGUGUCGGCCAAAACGACUCCUCCGCCGCCACCGUCCCACCCAUCAUACCUCAUGGGACCGAGGACCUCUCUAUGGUCCCCACACAGGGCAGGUUUUUCCGCUGCCCGUCUGUUCUGAAAGUACCACCAUAUCUGAAUUAUAAGUUCCUAGAGGAGAAGGACUGUGCAGCUCCCUGUGAGCCCCAUAGGAGGGGUGGGAACUUGUUUUUUACUGAAAAAGAGAUUCAUUUCUCCCGUAUAUGGAUUCUGGUCUGGUCUGUGCUUUGUUGUGCAUCUACAUUAUUCACAGUGACCACCUAUUUAGUUGACAUGCAGCGGUUCAGAUACCCUGAGCGACCCAUCAUCUUCCUGUCCGGCUGCUACACUAUGGUCUCCGUCGCCUACAUAGCUGGCUACUUCCUGGGAGACAAAGUGGUGUGCAAUGAGAGCUUCACUCCAGAUAGCUACAAAACCAUCGUCCAAGGCACCAAAAAGGAAGGUUGCACCAUCCUCUUCAUGAUGCUCUACUUCUUCAGCAUGGCCAGCUCCAUCUGGUGGGUCAUCCUUUCUCUCACCUGGUUCCUGGCAGCAGGUAUGAAGUGGGGUCAUGAGGCUAUUGAUGCCAACUCGCAGUACUUUCACCUGGCAGCCUGGGCAGUGCCAGCCGUCAAGACCAUCAGCAUCCUGGCCAUCGGGCAGAUUGAGGGUGAUGUGCUCAGUGGCGUCUGCUACGUCAGCCUCAGCAGCCUGGACCCUCUGCGAGGCUUUGUGUUGGCCCCUCUCUUCAUUUACCUCUUCAUCGGUACCUCUUUCUUGUUGGCCGGCUUUGUGUCGCUUUUCCGAAUCCGCACCAUCAUGAAGCACGAUGGCACCAAGACGGAGAAGCUGGAGCGGCUGAUGGUGAGGAUCGGGGUGUUCAGCGUGCUCUACACAGUCCCUGCCACCAUUGUUAUUGCCUGCGUCUUCUACGAGCAGGCCUUCCGCCCCCACUGGGAGCGCAGCUGGGUCAGCCAUAACUGCAUGGGCAUGGCCAUCCCCUGCCCCCAGCACACUGUGCCCCGUAUGACUCCAGACUUCACUGUCUACAUGAUCAAAUACCUGAUGACACUGAUAGUGGGUAUCACUUCUGGUUUCUGGAUCUGGUCUGGAAAGACUCUACACUCCUGGCACAAGUUUUACACAAGACUGACAAAUGGCAAACACGGAGAGACCACUGUGUAGAGUAAAGGGACAUCUAAAUGUUGCUGGGACUUCUGUGUGUGUUAUUACCUGUUGCUCAUGUGAGUGAGAGGUAAGUAGCACAGUGAAUAGCUAUGGGUUCCUGCAUCAUUUGUAUUUGCCUCAGCUUUAUAGCCACACAUGCAUGCCAAACUUGAGGGUCAGGGUUUGACAAAAGGGCAAGCUGGAUAAACAAGGACUGAGCCUGACUGUCUGAACAAAUAACAAGCAUGGCUAUGGAUGCCAUGUGCUGAAAUGCUCUCCCUCCCCCUCCCGUAAAGCUCAGAGCUCAAGGCGAGAGAUGAUCCAGCAGCCAAGAACACAGAAAGCGAGGGGAAUGAGUUUUUCUCCCUGUAAACAUUUCAUAUGUAAUUAAAUGAAAUUGUAAAUAGUAUUUGUAAAAACAUGAAAUUAUAUAUUUGUAUUUAUAGAAAGUAAAUACUUUUUCUUAUCUGCCAGUGUACCUGCUUUACUCACUUUACUCACUGUAAGAAUGCCACAUAUCGUAAAUGUAGACGUGCUCCUUUUUUUAUUCAUUGCUGGUUAUGAAUUACAUUGUUUUUUAUGGAUUAAAAGAACAUUUCAAGAAGCUU